AUAUAAUAAGAAUGGAAAAAUAUUUCUUUAACUUCGAAGCUAACGUUAAUACAGUCGAUAAUAUUACAUCCCCUGUUUUACUGGUUGACAGUAAUUCUGUUAUUUACAUUUAUCAUAUAUCGGAAAUAAUAUCGAUUUUCUUAUCUCUUCACAAGGAUAUUCGCUGCACAUUGGAAAUUCAUAAUUUCGUUAGGAGAUUGUUUAUUUCAACAUUAUAUUCGUGCCAAACUGAAUAAAGUUUGAAUAAAUUCGAUGAAAUUACAACCCAUGUAAUUUCGAUAAUUUGGCUAUUUCUAAAUUAAUUGUCAAGAUGAACAGUACACAGCAAUAUAUGAAAAACUCAAUGAAAAAACUUUACGAUCCGGAAUAUGAUUACGAAACGUGGGAGUACGAAGAAGAGGCUAUUGAGAUAUUCGAAGAAUAUAAAUAUUCCGAUGUUUCCAGCGAUGAUACCGAUAUUUUAGAUGAUUACGAUGAACGAGAUAAAUUGAGAACUGAAGAUGAAAAAAUGAGGAAGAAGAAGAAGAAGCGCUUAUCAAAAUUACUCGGUAUCGAUCGAAAAAAGUACGUCGAUGUUUCGGUGGAAACUUUGAUUACUCCUGAAGAAGUGGACGAUGCUUUGAAAAGUUUACCCAGCGAAUCUUCGAUUCAUCUUUGCUUGAAAGAGAUCGAUAUCAGUGAUUCACAAAUGAUAUUAUCGAAUCUGCAUACUGUCUUUUCCAUCCCACAUGAUCCUGGUACAGAACCGGCAUUAUGGACUGUCGAUACUCAAGAUACUUUUAAGGAAAAUGGCAUAUAUAAAUUUGACGAGCACGUAAAGAGGAAAGGUUUAAAAGUGAUACAUACGAUCAACGAUAUGUUGCAUACGGAAUGCAUCAAUUUACGAUAUUACGGCAUCGAUCCACGUAUCGUCGAAAUAAUUUGUCAUGUUCUAAAAAAUAACGAUUCCGUUCAUACGAUAGAUCUUACGGACAAUUGGUUGACUAAAAGUGCUUGUUAUUAUUUGGGUGAAUUGAUGCAAAAAAGUACCAUGAUAAUCAGUUUAAUUUUGUCUAAGUGUCGAAUUGGUCCUGAGGGUAUGAAAGAACUUUGCAAUGGUAUAUCGAUUACAUCGUCCUUGAUCACUCUCAAUCUUAAUUCUUGCAACAUCGAGGACAAAGGAUUAGAAGUAUUGGCAUUCGCUAUAGAAAAUAAUGAAAGCAUGGAGAAACUUUUUUUAGCGAAUAACAAUUUAAACAAAACUUGUACCGAACAUCUUUGUUACCUCAUCAUGAAUUCUAGAUCGAUUAAGUGGUUGGAUUUAUCUUGGAAUUCGUUGUUCGAUGAGCAUACUUGGAAAGCUUUGACCAGUGUAUUAUCGAAAAAUCGUACAUUGAUUGGUUUAAAUUUAUCGUGGAACGGGAUCGGUACAGAAUGCGUUAAAUAUUUAACAAUUGUUUUGAGAAUUUCGCAUCUAAAAAUAUUGGAUCUAAGUAAUAACAUGUUCACGAAAUUUGAUGCUGCAAACAUUUCGAAAUCUCUAUCAAGAAAUAGCAUAUUACAAGAAUUAUAUCUGGGAAACAAUCCUCUAGAAGCGGAAGGUGCUUUUAUUCUGAUUUCAUCGAUUAAUCCGAAAAAUUCGCCAGAAAGUGGUCUACGCCUUUUAAAUUUAGAAAAUGUUUGGGCAGACAAAACUAUUCUACCGGAAUUAGAAAUAAUAGAAAAUGAAAGGCCAUGGUUACAAAUCGUAUUAGGUGGUAUUUUAAGUAAUUACAUAUUAAUAGGGCCAAAUGUUAUGAAAAUUUUAUUAAGAAGAGCUAACUAUGAAGCAAUGGCACAAAAAAAAAAGAAACUUAGAAGAAACUUUGGACAUUUUGUAUUAUCUUUAAGUGAUAAUCCAAUAAGUCGAGGACAAUUUAGAAGAUUAAUAAGCGAAUUUAAAUUGAAAUUAUCUAAAUCACUUAUUAAAGAAAUUAUAAUGGCUUUCCUUGGACCAAAAAAAACUGUUGAUCAAGGACUUCUAAAAGCUGUCUAUUUAGAAGAAUUUCCAGAUACAAAACCUCCUCCAGUCAAGCCAUCAAAAGCGCGCAAAGAAAAGGAAGAAGACUUGGUCAAAAUAGAAGAACCUGAAAAGCCAGAAGUAAAAGGAGAAUAUAAAGAAGAAGUUAAGGUCAGUUUAAAAGAUUAAGAAUCUGCAUAAUCAUUAUAAAUUAUUAUAUAUAUAUAUAUAUAUGUUUGAUAUUUUAUAACCACAUAUCUUACUUUAUUUAUGAUCACAUAAAGUAUCCUGAUCCAAAAGAAAUGGCAGAUGAAGUUGAAGAAUACAUAAUUGAUGACUUCUAUGAAGGGUAUUACUAAAAGUAUCAAUGAUUACACACAGCUAAUCCAUUAAAUAUACAAAAAUACUGAUAAUUUUUUAAUAAAGCAUAUUAAAAGAGUCAGUGAAUGAAAUAACAAGAGAUUUAUUUUAUGUGUGUGUGUAGAUAUUUUCUUUUCUUUUGCGAAUUACUUUACUAGAUUUUAUUUUGAGCAAUAUUUGCAUUUCUAUAAUAAAUUAAACAGAGGAUAAGGAUAAAUUUAAUCAAUAUAAAAUAUUCUUGCUGCAAUAUCACUGAUAAUCCAAUUAAUACCCUCCACUAAAUUUUCUCCCGUCACAGCAGAACAUUUAUAUAUCUGCCAGUGAUGCGUUUUUAUAUUAGGUAAUUCCAAGAUUUCAGCAAUGUCCGAUGCUGAUAGAGCUCCAGGUAAAUCUUGUUUAUUGGCAAAUAUCAAAAGACUUGCCCCUUCUAAUCUUUCUUCUUGCAAUAAUUUGUACAAUUCUACUUUACAAUCUUCUAAUCUUCUACGAUCUGCACUGUCAAUUACCCAUAUAAGUCCAUCGGUAGAUUCAAAAUAAUUCCUCCAAUAUGAUCGUAAUGACUUUUGUCCACCCACAUCCCAUACAUUCAGUUUAUAACCACGAUGUUCUAAAGUUUUUAUAUUAAAACCAAGGGUUGGAGAUAUAGUAUCAAUAGGUUCUCCAUUUAUUCGUUUUAGAACUGUGGUUUUACCUGCAUUAUCCAAUCCUCUAAAAUAUUAUUUUCAUUUUAAACAUUUAAGUAUUAAUUUCUAAUUAAAAAAUAUAAUAAAUUUGUAAUGUCGUACUAACAACAUUAGAAUUCUCAUUUCUUUUUCUUUCUGCUUCAAUUUCUUCAACACCGUUAAUAAACCCAUCCUUGUGAAAGUCUUUACAUACAAACGGAAUAAAAUUUUUCUGUGUCGAUCAUCCGUUCAACGCACCUCUUUGUACGAGCACACUAUUACAUAAGUAUUAUAUUCAUACAAUUCUUUUUAUUUAUCGAUUGGUUCAUCAGCGACUCAAAAUUUGAUUCGAUUAUACGUCCUGGAAAAGUAAUCAAGUUGAAUGAUUUUUAAAAGAAGAAUAACUAAUAAUCAACAUAACCUUUACGCAUACCAAUUUGACAAUUAUGAUUUUCCGAAAUAUGUACCUUUUAUAGUCACGAAUAAUUUAAAAUCUAAAUAGAAAAUUUUCAUUAGGUUUUUUUUUUUUAUGACGUUUUCUAUUCUCUGUAUA